GGAAGGGAGUAGGUUCUACCAGCCCGGGGCAGGGACUCGGACCCCCAGGACCCGCGCUGACCCUAGCCCAGCCUCACCAUGGUGGACGCCUUCGUGGGCACCUGGAAGUUAGCGGACAGCAAGAAUUUCGAUGACUACAUGAGGUCAAUCGGUGUGGGUUUUGCUAACAGGCAGGUGGCCAACAUGACCAAGCCUACCACAAUCAUCGAAGUGAACGGGGACACAAUCACCAUAAAAACACAAAGCACCUUUAAGAACACGGAGAUCAGCUUCAAGCUAGGAGUGGAGUUCGAUGAGACAACAGCAGAUGACAGGAAGGUCAAGUCCGUUGUGACGCUGGAUGGAGGCAAACUCGUCCACACGCAGAAGUGGAACGGACAAGAGACAACACUUGUGCGGGAAGUAGUUGCUGGGAAACUCAUCCUGACACUCACCCACUGCAGUGCAGUUUGCACUCGCACUUAUGAGAAAGGGGCAUGACCUGCCCACUCCCUCAACAACUGCUCCUCUGCCAGUUGGCUACUCCUGGACUCAGCACCAGACUGACUCAUUUUUUUCCUC